AUGGCUGUUUCAUCGGGAUUUGACUACGAGGUGUUCCUGAGCUUUAGAGGACAGGAUACUCGAGCAGGUUUUUCCGACUUCCUUUAUGUCAGCCUGAAUGAAGCGGGAAUCCGUGCGUGCAGAGACGACGAAGAGCUGCGCAUCGGGGAAGAGAUUGGCCCGGAGCUUCUCCAAGCAAUCAAGCAGUCAAGAAUCUCCAUACCCAUCUUCUCAAAACGGUAUGCCUCUAGCAAAUGGUGCCUGAUGGAGUUGGUCCAGAUGGUGGAGUGCAAGAAAAACAUGGGACAGAAGAUCAUGCCCAUCUUCUACGACGUGGAACCUUCCGAGGUUCGGUCCCAAACAGGCGGGCUCCAAGGUGACUUCGUGAAAACAGUCGUCAAGGAGGUUUUCCGUGAGUUGAAAAAGGGUUGUUUGGCAUUAUCGAAUUGCUUGGUUAAAGUUGACAACCACAAUCAACUAAUCUCCAACGUCCUCAAGAAGAAAUGGAUAAGCAUAAGCAACAAAGACGAAGGGAUUGAGAAGAUUAAAGAUAGGUUGUGUGGUAAAAGGAUCCUCCUUCUCCUUGAUGAUGUUGACGGAAAGAAUCAAUUGAAUGCACUUAUGGGCAAGCGCGAUUGGUUCGGGGAAGGAAGUAAGGUUAUCCUCACCAGUAGAAACAAAGAGGUUCUUAACGUUCCUGAAGUGGAUUGGACCUAUGAACUUAACUGCAUGGAUUUCGACAAAUCUCCUGAACUUUUCAGCAAACAUGCUUUCAAAAGAGAUUGUCCUUUGGAUGAUUAUCUCGCCCAUUCCAAAAAGGCGGUAGGUAUUGCUGGAGGUCUUCCUCUGGCUCUCGAGGUUAUAGGUUCGCUUUUAUCGUGCAACAGUAAAAAAACGUGGGAUGGCAUACUGAAAAAGUUGGAAAAAGUUCCUCAUGAGGAAGUCAGCAGUAAGCUCAAGAUAAGUUACGAGGCACUAGAUGCUCGGCAAAAGCACAUCUUUCUCGAUAUAGCUUGUUUUUUCAUUGGAUGUGACAUUGAAAUUACAAUCCACAUGUGGGAUGAGACUUCAUUUUUUCCGGAAGAAGCUUUGGGAGUGCUGCAGCAUAUGUCCUUGGUAAAGAUCACAAGACAAAAUACAUUGUGGAUGCAUGAUGUAAUAAGGGAUUUGGGGCGAGAAAUCAUCCGCCAACAAAGUAAUAUGGUAAGAGAGAAGCAGACUAGGGUGUGGGAUGCUGAUGAAGCGUUACAUUUGAUGACGACAAACCAGGUAAAAGCUCCCUGCUACCACUGCAAUUUGGCUACUUUCCCCUUUAUGAUGACCCAAAACAGGAGGAGGUUAAUAAUGCGUUCCCCCUUUGGCAGGACAAGAAAAAAGUUGAAGCUCUCCGUCUCUGGUGUCGCGGUAAGGCAGAACACCGUUUCGCCGACGAGGACUUCAUGA